GGUUGAUUUUCUCUCAAUGUCCUUGUCUUGACAGGAACAUAUUGAUGAACAGAGAAAAAUACUUUCGAUUUCCUGGAUAUAAAAGGCUCAAUAAGGAUUCAUAUACAUCAUGCAUUGCAGUCUGUCAGAACUAAUAAUAUAAUAUAUAGACUUGAUUUGCUCUCAAGAUAAUGUCUGAGGCAGCUGAUCCUGCAGAAGUGGAACACGAUAAGGAUGAAGGUAGGUGGAGGUUUAAACCAAGGGGAUUGCACAUCACAUGGAGUAGUAAUUCAAGUUAUUGGAAGAUGCCUGAGAAAGGGACGGAUGGUCCUGCAGAGUUGAUGGCGGUAUGCUGGCUUGAAAUAGACGGCUCAACUUCGGAACCCCUAUCCAAAGGGAAGGGGUAUGCACUGAGCUUCAAAAUAUCUAUGACAAAACAAGAUUCUGUUUGGAAGGAAGGUCAUGUUUUCAUGCUAGCUAAGGUAGGGAAGAAAGGAAUUGCCAAAUGGGAAAAAAUCAAUUUAGGAGAUAUGAGAAUCGGCAACAUAAUCGAAAUUCCUUAUGGGAAGCUUCGGUUUGAAGUUCCGAAAAAGGCUGAAGAUACCAGGCUCUAUUUCGGACUCUACGAAUUGUGGACUGGAAAAUGGAAGGAAGGUUUACAAAUUCAUGAGGCUGUAGUUGAAGAAAUGCCAGAUUGAGCUUCCGUUCAAAUUAAUCACUCUUGUACUAUCCUUGAUGAGUUAUGGAUAAAUGUAACCUCAGUGAGUUUUUUUUCUUUUUUUUCCUGCGAAAUAUUUUAUAAAUCCAAGGAAAAAUCUGUAGCACCGGAAUAAAAUUCUGCUAUUGAAAUAUGAAAGAGUCUGUAGUCCUAA